UCUGCAAGCACUCAACACCGGCACAGAACUCUGUUAGCAGGGAAGACUGAGGUAGUUGGAGAGAGAGAGGUUUGGAGAGGUAUUGUGCAGAUGAAGAGAGAAAAGUUUGGAUGAAAAAAACAAAAACAAGAAACAAAUAGUAAAAAAGUUGAAGAGGAGAAAGAGAAAAAAGAAGAAUAAAAAGCGAGGAUUUGAAAAGUAAGCUGUGGAGAGUGAACUAACAAUGGGCUCCCCAGUGCACUGUGCUGCUGCUGUAGUUGUCUCACUACUGGGUCUCCUCUACUAUAGUCCCCCUGUAUGGGGCCAGGAGCUACAGGAGAGGGACGCUCUGUGCAACGAGGACGGCUGCUUCGUGGUCUACUUCCAGCGCAAGACCUUCCUGGACUCCUGGAGGAGCUGCAAGGAGAAGGGAGGCAACCUGGCCACAGUCAAACUCCAAGAGGGGGCUGACACUAUCGCUGCUCUCUUCUCCAGCGUGGAGCUACGGGGCCUCAGAACCAAGGUCCGGGUGUGGAUUGGUCUCCAGAGACAGCCUCGCCAGUGUACCGCCUCUCGCCCUCUCCGUGGGUUCUCCUGGAUUACGGGUGACCAGGAUACCCAGUACACCAACUGGCUGAGGGACGACUCACCCAGUACCUGUUCGGCCCCGCGCUGUGUGGUUAUGACCUAUGGCACAGCCGCCCACGAGCAGCAUGAUAAUUUUAAAUGGCUGGAUGGCUCGUGUUCGGUGCCUGUGGAUGGCUACUUGUGCCACUACACCUACAAGGGCAUGUGCCCUGCUAUUUGGAGCGAGGGGGGCGGCAAUGCCCUCUAUAGUACCCCCUUCAGUCUCCUCAGUAGCCUUCUUACCCACGUGCCCUUUGGAUCUGUAGCCACGGUGCCCUGCCCGGGGGGCACCAAGGAGGAGCAGUCAGUGCUGUGUGUGCUGAGGGAGGAUGGCACUGUGGGGUGGUCCAGGGAGACGCCCCUCUGCUCCGACACCACAGAGAAGAGCUGGUGUGAUCGGGACAACGGAGGCUGCGAGCAUUUCUGCCAGGAGGCCAGGGAACACUACUACUGUGAGUGCUCGGACGGCUUUCAGCUCGGUGACGACGGGCAGACAUGUGUUGCUGUCGACCCGUGCCACAGUGCCCCCUGCGAGUUCGAAUGCCUUCCGCUGUCGGACGGCUACCGCUGUGCCUGCCCCGAAGGAUACAUGCUGGACCCGGAUGAGCGUGGUUGCCUGGAUGUAGAUGAGUGCCUGCAGAGUCCCUGCGAGCAGCUGUGCGUCAACGCCCCGGGAACCUUUGAGUGCCGCUGCCGCCAGGGCUACCGGCCGGACCAGGAGGGCGACUGUGAGGACGUAGACGAGUGCAUGGAUGACCCCUGUGAGCACGCCUGCGAGAACACGCCUGGCUCCCACAUCUGCCACUGCCACCUGGGCUUCUCCCCCCUGCCCGAGGACCCCUCCCACUGCCAGGACACCGACGAGUGUCAGAUCCCUGGGACAUGUCAGCAGAUGUGUGUGAACUACGAGGGGGGCUUUGAGUGUUACUGCGAGGUGGGCUACGAGCUACUCUCUGACCAAUUCUCCUGCAGGAAGAUAGGAGAGGACUCACCCACCGCAGUCACGCCCUCGUACCCCUGGGUCACCGGCCAACCUGGUUCCAAGUGGGACCCCCAGCAGACCUACACCGACUGGCCCCUGGAGGAGGAAGAGUCCCUGGACUGGCUCACAGACCCUCCCAGGCUGGAAAGUGACAUCAUCUGGGUCACCAGCGCACCCCAGGAAGAGCCAGUCCUAAACCACAACCCAUUCCUUCUCUUCCCCACGGAAGAGCCUGAGGAGGAGGAAGAGGAGGAGGAGGAGGAAGAAGAGGAGGAGUAUACACCUGGCUGGGACAUCAUGAAUUGGAAUGUCCCAGCCAAGGUCCAGCCAGACUUGGAACCCACGCUCAGUCUCUCUCCCAGCCCCACAUCCGACACAAUCCCCACCCCAACACCCACAUCUGACAGGUAUUGGUUUGAGGAGGAUGAGGAGACCACUACCAGUCCCUCAGUCCUCCCCACCUCCACUAUCUCGGGAGGGGCCUGGAACUGGUUCUGGAUCAGUUCCACCCCCACCAGCCAGGACCAAGGACUUACGACGUGGCAGGAGCCAAUCACUGACCAGUAUGUCCCCGCAUCCAACUAUGAUGAAGCUGAUGAGAAUGAGGAAGUGGGGGUAAUUGACGAUGGGUGGGUGACAUCCCCCCCAGAGAUGGACCAGGACCCAGGCCAGCACACCCCCUCCCUGCCUUUUCCCCUGGCUCCUCAAACCCCCCUCACACCCAACCAGGGAGUGGUGGAGAGGGAGGAUGAGAGGGAGCCACCCCAGGAGGAUGUGUUGGAGGUGGAGGGGGAGGAUGAGAGGGGGCCACCCCAGGAGGACGUGGUGGAGGAUGAGAGGGAGCCUCCCCAGGAGGACGUGGUGGAGGGGGAGGAUGAGAGGGGGCCGCCCCAGGAGGACGUGGUGGAGGGGGAGGAUGAGAGGGAGCCGCCCCAGGAGGACGUGAUGGAGGGGGAGGAUGAGAGGGAGCCGCCCCAGGAGGAUGUGGUGGAGGGGGAGGAUGAGAGGGGGCCGCCCCAGGAGGACUUGGUGGAGGGGGAGGAUGAGAGGGGGCUGCCCCAGGAGGACGUGGUGGAGGGGGAGAGAAAGGAUGAGAGGGGGCCGCCCCAGGAGGACGUGGGGGAGAUGGAGGGGGAGGAUGAGAGGGGGCCGCUCCAGGAGGAUGUGAUGGAGGUGGAGGGGGAGGAUGAGAGGGGGCCGCUCCAGAAGGACGUGGUGGGGGUGGAGGAUGAGAGGGAGCUGCCCCAGGAGGACAUGGUGGGGGUGGAGGAUGAGAGGGUGCCGCCCCAGGAGGACGUGGUGGGGGUGGAGGAUGAGAGGGAGCCGCCCCAGGAGGACGUGGUGGGGGUGGAGGAUGAGAGGGAGCCUCCCCAGGAGGAUGAGGGCGAGCCUCCCCAGGAGGAUGAGAGUAUCCAGAAGCAGGAUGGUGCCAACUGGCUGCUGGUAGGCCUCCUGGUGCCCCUUUGUAUCUUCAUCGUGGUGAUGGUGGCACUGGGCAUCGUCUACUGUACCCGUUGCGUUGUCACGCCGCGCAAUAAGUCCGCCACCGACUGCUACCAUUGGAUCUCCGGGGCGCACGACAAGCAGGGCGCGUCCAAUCCCAGCAAGGGGAUGCAGUCACAUGUUUAAACAGAACGAGGAAAGACUUGUACAUAAAUAAACUGGUUUUAUAAAUAAGAGGAGAGGAUAUGAAGAAGGUAAGAGAGGACUUGGGUGGUUGUUUUAUUGAAUGCGACUCUGUGAAACACUUGGAUGUUUCUGUGGAAUAUCGGUUGAAAGAGAAAAGAGAAGAAACAGGAAGCAAUACAACAACAAAAAACACUGAUCCUUUUCUUGGGAUGAUUUGACAUUAUUGUUGCUUACGCAGAUCUCACAGGACAAGGUAUAUGAUUCCUAUAUGAUUGCACUAUAGGGUCAUAAUAGAAACCAUCUAUUGGGAUUGUGGUUGAAUACGUCAUCUGGUUAUAGUUACAGAUGCUGUGGGUAGACACUGUUAAUGUAUUACCAGCGCCAUCUGAAAACCUAAGCCAAAGAACUAUACUGUAGCCUAUAGCAUUUUUUUGUUGUCGAUGAAAUCUGGGUGUCUGCAUCUUUCAAACAAAUGCUCAGGUUUUGAGCUCAUUCCCCAAAGUGUGGUGUCACAAAUUACAAUUUUCUGUCAAAGAAGCAGGUUCUUAUUUACCUCAGAAGUUGGUGAAUGAAGGCGGUUGUGAUUCACACCCCUUUGCAGGACAGCAGACAUUUGAGCAGUUGAACCAAACUAUACAAGCAUGAAUGUCAUGACGCUGUUGACUGUCAUGACGCUGUUGACUGUCAUGACGCUGUUGACUGUCACGACGCUGUUGACUGUCACGACGCUGUUGACUGUCGCGACGCUGUUGACUGUCACGACGCUGUUGACUGUCACGACGCUGUUGACUGUCACAACGCUGUUGACUGUCACGACGCUGUUGACUGUCACGACGCUGUUGAGAAGAAGCAGUCACUCGGAUAUUACUUUUACGCUUCUGCUUUUUUAAGUACCGGAACAAAUCACUUCACACCACAGACCCAAUUAGUUUUAUACAGUACGCGUGUAUAUAUGUGCUUGAUUGAUUGUUUUUGUGUAUGUAUAGUUUGUAGCAAUGACUUUUUCAGACAAUGUGUUAGUGUCAUGAUUCCUGAUUCAACGAAGUGCCUUUUGUUUCAUAUUGACCACAGAACUCUUAGUAAUUCCAUGGAAUGUCUGUCUGUCUAAGGGGGAUGGUUCCUUCCAUUCAACUCCAAUUAAACGAACUAUCUCACCCAUGCUCCUCGUGAAGGUUUGAGUGCAGAUGUAAGAUGUGUUUGUAAUACAGACUACAAGGACUGUAAUGGGGGGGUCACAGGCUCCCGAUUGACUUUACCAUUGGCCUUUUCAGUGAACUCGUGAUCUUUCAAUCGCUCCCCAGUCCCAUGUCACAUACUGUAAGUGUUCAGCACGCCCCACUCCCUCUUGUCACAGGCCUUUCCUGAGCUUUCUAUGAACUUCCUUAAUAGCCAUGAUGGGACAAUACCAACAUUUACAGUUUGAAGUCAAUGCACCCUCUAGCAACUUUGACAGUAACUGCAGUCCCCAUUCAAAGGAUGGCUUGCACUUGUAAAUGACAGACUAUCAGAAAUGACAGACAAUGGAAUCAAUCUAAGAUGUGCCUUCUGAUCUAAGGACUGUGAAAUGCUUUUUAAAAUGUUUUUGUUACCCGUUAGGUUUUAAGUAAUUGUUAAUUAAAAUGAUAUGAUAAGGGUUCUAUCGAUA